CGCCCAGGCCGCGCCUCCUGGAGUCUUGAGUGGCGGGGGCUGGUGCUGAGUGCCGUGCGGGAGGAAUCGUCUUCCUACCUUCAGUGGACGGCGGCUGCGGCCUGGUUCCAGCGUGGACAGCUUGGCGCCCGCGCCCUAGCUGUUCUCCCUGUCACUGGACGUGGCGGGCCGGCCCUCGGGCGGCCGGGCUCGGCCGUCGCCAUUCCCGUGUCGCUGCGCCCGCGGGGGGCCCCUGAGCCGGCCACGAUGCCCCUGGGCCUGAAGCCCACCUGCAGCGUCUGCAAGACCACGUCGUCCUCUAUGUGGAAGAAGAGCUCGCAAGGGGAGAUCUUCUGUCACCACUGCACUGGCCGGGGCGGCGCGGGAGGCGGGGGCGCCGGCGCCGGUGCGGGGACCGCAGGCGGGACAGGGAGCAGCAGCAGCGGCGGGGGUGGCUUCAGUGCCGCGACCCUUGCCAGCACCUCGGCCGCCCCUUCUCAGAGCAACGGGGGAGGGGGCGGCAAGCAGAGUAAGCAGGAAAUUCACAGGAGGUCGGCUCGGCUCAGAAACACUAAGUACAAAUCUGCUCCAGCUGCUGAGAAGAAAGUUUCCACUAAAGGAAAAGGGAGAAGACAUAUUUUUAAAUUAAAAAACCCCAUCAAAGCUCCCGAGUCAGUUUCGACCAUCAUCACUGCAGAAUCAAUCUUCUACAAGGGAGUAUAUUACCAAAUUGGAGAUGUUGUUUCUGUGAUUGAUGAACAAGACGGAAAACCCUACUAUGCUCAGAUCCGGGGUUUUAUCCAGGACCAGUACUGUGAGAAGAGUGCAGCGCUGACGUGGCUCAUUCCCACUCUUUCUAGUCCCAGGGACCAGUUUGAUCCUGCAUCCUACAUUAUCGGACCAGAGGAGGAUCUUCCAAGGAAGAUGGAAUACUUGGAAUUUGUAUGUCAUGCACCCUCUGAAUAUUUCAAGUCACGUUCAUCACCAUUUCCCACAGUUCCCACCAGACCAGAGAAGGGCUAUAUAUGGACUCAUGUUGGACCUACUCCUGCAAUAACUAUUAAGGAAACAGUUGCCAAUCAUUUGUAGUUUAAAAAGUAAAACUUGAUUUCCAGUUACUGUCUAUUUAUACUACCAUAAGAUGUACCACCUGUUUGUUUAAUGAAAUUCUUAGAUGGAAGAAUGACUAAAAAGUUUUCCCCCACUACCCAGUAAUCAGUAACUUAUUUAUUACUAGUUACUUGGAAACCAAAAAGGGUAGAAAAGAAUGAAAUAUAUUUUGAACUUAAAUAUUCUGUAUGUGUAUCUUCCCAGGGAGACCAUUAGGAACAUAGUAUCUAUUUUUAUCCAUAAUUCAUUUCUAGCAGCCCAUAAAAUGGAUUGUUUUAUAUAAAAACAAAAUAUGAAUUAAGGUUUGGAUUUCUGAUCAAGGACCAAACCAAAUAAAAUGUAGCUAUGACCAACAGUAGCUAUCCCAAAGUCACACAGACUUUAUUUUCUCAUCUAGAAAAUGCUGUGGCAGACCGUUGGCUGCUUUAACUUGAAGGAAAGUGAUUGCUGGAUAAUUGUAUUAGCCCAGGCCUUUCCUUUUAAAACUUUCAUCUCACUUUUCUACAGCAAACAGGGAUUCAGAAUCAUUUUGUUGAUCUGAAUGUUCUCACAUUCCUUCUCAGUUAAAAUGAGGCUUUCAAUCUGACUGUCCGUAAAGUGUUGCAGUGCAGACAGUGACCUUCACUAAGAGCACACAGGCAAGGUGUACAGCUCAGGCAUCUCACUCGGUCAUUUCUUGACUACCGUUAGAAAAACCACUGGCUGGUCAUAAGAAUGAUUAAUAGAUCAGCUGUAAUUGAAAAAUUUUCUUGUAAUUAAAAAUAAAGGUUUAAUAGUUAUUAGCAUUGAUAGCUAAAAAAAAGUCUAUCCUAAAGUUAAGCCACCUGCUAUGAACUCAUAUUAAUAGGCUUAAAACAAUGCCUUGGACU